UAUAAGGCGUUUUCUGUUUAUUUAACAAAAAUUUUCAGGUAACAGAGUUCGACUAUAUAAUCCAAUUGAAACCACUAGGAUAUUUUUUUGGAAUUUUAUGAUUUUUUAAAAAGUGGAAAGGUUAAAUACCUUCUUGUAUAUCCUAGUCAUUCACAACAAGUUCUCUAGUGUGACAAAGCUCAUAGUCCUUCUGUCAAGUGUUUUUUUAGCACGGGAAAAUGCGGCGUUCAUCUUCACGUUCUUUUAGUAUGCGUGUCGCAGGACAUAUUGCAAAUGAAAAGUGUAACCCACACAAUCUUACCGUUCAAGAUACACUACUUAGUAAUGAAAAAAUAUUUCAAAAAGUUGCACGCGAUAGGCUACCGGAAGGAAAAAACAAUCGAGUUGAAUACACAGAUGGCUCUGUUCAUUUUAAUCAAAACGUACCUCAAGAUUCUCUAACGAACACACAUAUUUUAGAGACGUAUGAUUCGUUUCCGUCGGUGUAUGAUUCUGGAAAAGAAAAUCGUAGUACAGAAAUACUAUUGAACAAUGAUCUUAAAAGCUACGUUCGAAACGAAUUUUAUAGACAAAAAAGACGAUUGCAAAAUUCGACGAAAACUUUACCUUCAGUAAAUCGUGAUACCGAUGCAUCGCAUUUCGCCGUCGACAAAGGAAAACAUGAUAACAUUUGUUCAAUGCUAAACAACGAAAAAGAAAAUGUUGAUCAAGAGAAUAUGGAUGAUUGUCUACUCGAUUCUUCUCCUCCCGUUUCUUAUGCUUUGGAGAAAAAUGCACUACAGGAUUAUAAAAAAAAAGUGUAUAGUACGGUUAAAGCGAGGCAAGAUAGUCACAAGGAUCCAGAACCAUAUCAUAAAGGUUCAGAAGUUAUUGUUUCAAAACAUUAUACGUCACGAGGAGAUAAAAAUUGUAGUAUAUUAGAGGAAUCAUUACAGUCUCGUGUACCGGUCGGGGGUUAUGAGAGAAAUGAAGAAGUGGAAAAGACUAGUGCAAACGAACUAAUCAUGAAAACAUUUACAGAAGAUGUAUCAUAUAAAUCGAAACCGGGUACAAGGCGAGCUAUGUCGGUUGAUUUAGCACUUACGCGGCAUCACGGCAAAUCGAAUAAUUUUCGUUUAGCUAAAGAAUCAGGAAAAGACAUCUGUGUGUGUGGUGCGUCGGCUUUUUGGGAAAGAGAACGUAUUGCGUUAACAACGGAACGAGUGCGUUUAAAGCAAAAGUCUGACGCCUUACGUUCAGAAACAGUUUACUUGAGAGAAACAAGAAAUAGGCUUCAUUCAAGAUUAUUGGAUCUUGAAAAUUUUGAAACAGAUAUCAAAAGUCGUUCUGAACUGUUGACGGCGAAAGAAGCAGCAACAGAGGCUGAAUCUGAUCGGUUAAUGCGUUUGCAGGCUGAAAUUAAGGCUUCAAGAGAGGAAGCAACUCGAUUAUUGGAAGAGGUGACUCUGAAAGAACGUAAUGUAGAAGUGGACCGGCGAAAACAUGAAAAAGAAGUUUCUUCUUUACGUGAACAGGAAAGCUUUAUAACGUCGGAGUGUCGACGAUUACGAGAGUUAGCCAAUCGACUAGAAAAGAAGAAACAAGAGUUUACAACAGUUGAGGAUUCAUUACAGGAAGCGAAGAAACAGCUAAAAAAUAUUCGCGAUGAAUUACAAGAAAAAAAAAAUGCAUUAGAUAAGCAAAAUCAAGAGCUUCUGGAUGUAGCAUAUAAUCUUUCUGAAGAAAAGAAGGCACUUGAACAACGAGAAAAAGCUUUGCAGGUGGAAAGUUCCAAUUUAAACAGUCUUAAUCAAGACCUACAAGAAAAAGAAAAAAUGUUGCGUGAGGAUGAAAAGAACAUUAGACAUGAACGUGAGAAAUUGGACGGAGAACGGGAUUUUUAUGAGCAAACGCUUAUGAGGAUACAAACAGAAAAAGAAUCGCUUUAUGCCGAGAGAGAAGAAUUUUUGAAGCAACGCAAUAAAGAGAAAGAAGUGUGGUUUGAAGAAGUUGCAGAAGAAAAACGCAAGGUAGAGGAAAUGACAAACGCUUUACAAGACGAACGAAACUUUUACGAACGAGAAUCUAAAGAAUUGCAAUUAUUUCAAGAAGAAUUAUCAAGGAAACAAGAUCAAAUGAAUCAGCAGCUUAAAGUCUUGUAUGAGAAAGAAGAAAGUUUAAAACAGAUUGAAAAAAUGAAUAGAAAAGAAGCACGCGAGUUGAAUGAAAUGCGGUUGAAAAUCGAGAAAAGUCAAAGUGCGUUAAGUGCCUCACAAAAGAAUUUAAAAGAACAACAAUUAAAAACAACAACGCAAUUGGAAAUUUUAGGAAAGGAACGGGAACAAAUAGGAAAUGAAAUGAAAGCAAUACAACAAAACAAAAUCGUUCUAGAAAAUAAAAUGAAAGAAUUAGAUGAAAAGGAAGGUAGAAUAACUCAACGUGAAUCUGUUCUUUUAUCAAAGGAAGCAAGGUCACAAUGGCAUCAAGAUAUUAUGAAAGAUAUGAAUGAUAUGAAAGAUCGUUACGAAUUAGAAUUACAAGAUUUAGAAUUAGAAAAACGAAGUUUUGCUGAGUUAAAAGCGGAUGUCUUAGCAGAGCAGGAACGCGCUUCAGUAGCGCUACGGCUAAGAGAACAAUCUUUAGCAGCUUUGGAGGCAUCUAUACGCACAAAACAUGCAGAAAUCCUGAGACGUGAAAAAUUAACGUCUCUUCGCGGUAAUACAGAUACGUUUUUAACUUCCUCACCUCUACGUCAUACUUGUAAGACAAGUAUGAUAUCACAUCGUCAUACAAUCUUACGCCCAGAAUCGACCCAUCGCCGAUCUCAUGAAGCGACAACGUCUCAAACAUUCAUACGAGAAAAUUCUCAGUAUAAGAAUGGCGCUAACCAUUAUUCAAGUUCUGCCACGCCUGAGAAUUCAUCAUUAUCGCAAUCGCUUCAUCAAGAAGAAAUCGGAGUGUGUAAUGAGAAAAUAACAAAAAAGUUAGACAACUUAGCUAAUGAAUUGGAAAAAAACUCAUUACGUGAUGCUUCAAAAUUUCUUCAAAGAUCCGGUUUGUCCUCUUGUUCUGCAGCAACAUUGUUGGAAUCCCCCGCUUUUCAAAUUCAUGACAAUGUGACCACACAUGAAAAUAAUUCAAACAUAACAACACAAAGCAAUGUAGCGACAUUCUCCCAUCAAAGUACAACUAAGCUUGCUUCUUACCCUACUUUUCAAACUUUGCCUGAAGAACCUACAACUCCUUUGUUAUUAGGACGUUUACCACAACAAACGACAACAUCCACAACGUUAAGCAACAAGGACCAUUUUCAGGCUACUGAGAAGACGCUUUGUGACCGUGUAGACCCAACAAGGCUCACUGGUUCCCCCAAAAUAUCAGAUCAGUAUAUUGAGCAACAUUCAACGGUUUACAGUAACAAACUAGACGUCUCUACUAACUCUGUUGCAGAAAGCCCUUUAUUGACCAUUUAACGCAAGGAAAUACAAUAUUGUCACCUACCGAUUCU